AUGAGCUCCUUCCGCCAGAACUGCGAAAUAACCGAGGUGAAGGAUGAAAAACCUCCGAUUCCAAGAAAGGUGCCCAGAAAAGCUCUGGAGGAUGAUAUAAACAAGCUUUUCGAGUCGGUCAAUAUUAGGUUAACCAAGAGCUUUGACCUCUCGGAUUCGAAUCGAAACCCUUCUAAGAAGCCGAUGAGGGGCAACAAUGGCAUGAACUCGCCGGGAAUCGGGUUUUCCGAGGCUGUCUCGCUAAAACAGGCGCUUAGAGGCCUCUGCAUAUCUCAGGCGGCUGAGAUGGCUGCCUUAAAGCGUUCGUCCAUGCCGUCAUCUCCGAGAAUCUCGGAAGCUGGAAAAAUCGGUAAUUUUUAUAAAUUAGGUGAAAAUGGUGAACCGGGAUGUUCCCCACUUGCAGGCCGGGAAAGGAAAAUCGGGAUUUCUAUAGGUGUGCAAGAAAGUAGGUUGAAUUCAAAUUCGAAUUCCCCACGCAUGGUGAAAUCAGCUACCCAAAGCUACAAUGCUUCUCCUCGUUUGGAAGUGGAAAAGAAUUUGGAAAAAGUUGAAAAUAAUUGUAGAGAAUCGAGUGGUCCGCUGGCUGAAUGUUGUACUAGUGUUCAAAAAGCUAAUACAAAGAGUGAAGAGUCGCCGCCUAUUGUGAAUAAAGAGAUUGUAAACGAGCCGGAGAUUGAUGUAAAUGUAGUGGGAAAAAAUGGUUUAGGGAAAAAAGAUAAUAGUUUUUCCUAUCAAGAAAAGAAAAUUCUUAGUUUGAGUAAGAAACCUUCAAUUUCUUCGAAAUCGAGACAAAAAUCGCAGUCUUCAUCAUCCAGCGUGGCGAAAUUCAAGAAAGACUCGAAGAGUGCUGGUGGGAGCUCGACACGUUCAGUCAAACCAAUAAUCAUAACCAAGAGUCUUGUCAUAAAGAAGCCGAAGAAGGCCAAUCUGAAAGCAACUCACCGGGUAAAUAGUGCUAAUGAAGAAGAAAAUUCUGGAGCUUUGAUCUGCCACAGGUGUCAGUGUGCGUUGAGCCACAUGGAUGAUGAAGAUUCACAAAUUACAAAUAAUCCAAAAAAAGUAGCUGAAAAAAGGGAAAUCUCAAAGAGCUCGAAAAGCAGCGCGUGCGAUUUUUUCAGCACAAGUACCACCACUAGCAAUCUGAGUGACGAUAGCAAUCUGAGUGGGCCGGCGUGUGGUAAUAAUAGGCCCCACAUGUCGAGGGAUAUGAGGUGGGGAGCAAUAAACCGUGUGAGGAAAGAGAAAGGAUUUCUGAAUCUGAGCCAUUUUAAUUUGUUAAAGAAACUUGGUUCGGGGGAUAUUGGGACGGUUUAUCUUGCUGAGCUGGCGGGGACUGGCUGCCCGUUCGCGAUAAAGGUGAUGGAUAACGAGUUCCUUGCGAGAAGGAAAAAAAUGCCGAGGGCACAAACCGAGAGGGAGAUUCUUGGAAUGCUGGACCACCCGUUUUUACCGACCCUUUAUGCUCAGUUCACAUCGGAUAAUUUGUCGUGUCUCGUUAUGGAGUUCUGUCCAGGUGGCGAUUUGCACGUGCUUCGCCAGAAGCAGCCCGGGCGGUGUUUCACUGAAGAUGCUGCAAGAUUCUACAUGGCCGAAGUUCUCGUGGCACUUGAGUACCUCCACAUGCUCGGGAUCGUUUACCGUGACCUCAAGCCCGAAAACAUCCUCGUCCGUGAAGACGGCCACAUAAUGUUGACCGACUUUGACCUUUCCUUACGCUGCCCUGUCACCCCAACUCUUGUCCCUUCCUCCUCCCCGCCUCCCGACCCUCACAGGCCCUCGGGCCAAUGCGCGGGCUCCAGCUGCAUCGACCCAUUCUGCUCCGGGCCCGCUUGCCGGCUCGUGGCCGAGCCAACCGGGGCCCGAUCAAACUCGUUCGUCGGGACCCACGAGUACUUGGCUCCGGAAAUUAUCAAAGGGGAAGGGCACGGGAGCGCGGUCGAUUGGUGGACGCUCGGGAUUUUCUUGUACGAGCUUCUGUACGGGAAGACGCCGUUCAAGGGCGUGGAUAACGAGGAGACUUUGACGAAUGUUGUGGUUCGGGAGCUCGGUUUUCCAGAGGGCCCGCAGAUCGUGGGGUUUAGGGCGAGGGAUUUGAUCCGACGGCUGCUGGUGAAGGAGCCGGAGGGGAGGUUAGGGUCAGUGUCGGGUUCGGGUGAGAUCAAGAGGCACGCGUUCUUCGAGGGGAUUAAUUGGGCGCUCGUAAGGUGCGGGGCUCCGCCGCGGGUCCCGGAGGCUUACGAUUCGGAGGGGUCGUUUGGCGGCGGUGGGGACCACGCAGGGUUCGAGGAGUUUUGA